CGACGUUGCCUUUUGCUCAAGAUCAUUUUAACAAACUCAAUAUACAAGUUUACACUCAGCUCAGAUUCUGCCACUAAAAAUGCGGCUUCUUAGUUCCAAAAGCAACGGCAGCCUCAGCCUGACCAGCUUCAGAGACAACAACCCUCCUAGUUAUGCCAUUCUUUCCCAUGUAUGGGAGGCAGAUGACCAGGAAGUUACAUUCCAUGAUAUCGUUAAUGACCUUGGAAGCACCAAAAAUGGCUAUAGAAAGAUCCAAUUCUGUAGCGAACAAGCUGAAAGAGACGGCCUGCGAUACUUCUGGGUGGAUAGCUGUUGCAUCGAUAAAUCAAACAGCACGGAGCUCCAAACGGCUAUCAAUUCAAUGUUUCGCUGGUACAAGAAUGCGGCAAACUGUUACGUCUACCUCUCAGGCGUCUCAACGGGCAAACACUCCCGGUCCUCCGAUUCUUUGUGGGAACGGGCUUUCAAGCAAAGCAAGUGGUUCACACGAGGCUGGACACUUCAAGAACUUCUUGCUCCGCGAUCAGUCGAGUUCUUCUCCCGAGAUGGCAAGCGGCUUGGCAAUAAGGAAUCGUUAGAACAGCAAAUUCAUGAGAUCACUGGGAUUGCAAUUGAGGCACUUCAAGGAAAUCUGUCUCAAUUCAGCAAUGACGAGCGAAGAAUGUGGGCUGCAAAACGCGAGACGACAAUUGAAGAGGAUCAAGUCUAUUGCCUACUAGGUAUUUUCGACGUCUAUUUGCCGCUCAUCUUUGGCGAAGGAAAGAAGCAUGCAUUCCGUCGGCUCCAAGAUGAGCUUGACAAACGUUCACUCGAUUCACAAGGUAGUUUCACCGCAUCAAAUUCAAAUUCGCUGGCUAAUCUGCGAAGUGAAAUGGAAUGA